CCUGCGUCCGGUGUUGCGGUGGUGCUCUGCUGUGGUAUCCUCGUUGCAGUGCACUGCUGGGAUACGCGCAAUUGCUGUGCCCUCUCGCCAUGGCGUUUCGCAUCACCACCUGGAACGUCAAUGGGAUUCGAAACCCGUUCUCGUAUGAGCCAUGGCGCGGAAAACGCACCUUCGAGGCCAUGUUCGACAUCCUCGAGGCCGACAUCGUUGUGUUCCAGGAGACCAAGAUCCAACGGAAGGAUCUCCGAGAUGACAUGGUCCUAGUCCCCGGAUGGGACUGCUACUUCAGUCUCCCGCGGGUCAAGAAAGGCUACUCGGGAGUCGUCAUCUACACUCGCAAUGCAACCUGCGCGCCCAUUCGCGCCGAAGAAGGUCUCACGGGCGUGCUAUGUCCGCCGAACUCGUCGACUCCGUUCCGCGAGCUCCCCGAGGACCAGCAGAUUGGCGGGUAUCCGACGAUGGAGCAACUCUCGCAGGUGGCGCUGGACGCCGCUACGCUGGACUCGGAAGGCCGCUGCGUCGUCUUGGAGUUUCCGGCCUUCGUUCUCAUCGGGGUCUACUGUCCGGCUAAUCGCGAUGAAACGCGUGAUUCCUUUCGCCACGGCUUCCUGGACUUAUUUGACGCGCGCAUCCGGAAUCUGGUGGCCCUGGGCAAGCGGGUUUUCGUCACCGGCGAUAUCAACAUCUCCAGAGGGGAGAUUGACGCGGCGCAUGCGGCCGAGGCGAUCCGGAAGGGCGCCACCACGGACGACGAGUUUGUGUCGGCGCCGGCGCGUCGCUUGUUCAAUCAGCUGCUGGAUGGGGGGAAGGUCGUCGGCCCUCGUGACGACGACCGCGAGCAGCCGGUUCUGCACGAUAUCUGUCGCGCGUUUCAUCCGGAUCGCCGGGGGAUGUACACGUGCUGGGAGCAGAGGAUCAAUGCGCGGCCAGGGAAUUAUGGAUCGCGGAUCGACUACGUUCUGUCGAGUCUGGACAUGCAGGAGUGGUUCUGCGAUUCGAAUAUCCAAGAAGGACUGAUGGGAUCUGACCAUUGUCCGGUCUACGCCGUUUUCAAAGAUUCCAUAACCCAUCAAGGCACCGACGUCCACAUCCGCGAUCUCAUGAACCCCCCGGGCGUCUUCCACCGCGGAGAGCGCCAGAUCGAAUACACCAACAAACUCCUCCUCCCUCUCUCCGGGCGUCUGAUCCCGGAAUUCGACAAACGACGAAGCAUCAAGGACAUGUUCACGCGAAAGCCGACCACCGCCGCGCCAAAGGCCACGCCGGCACUAGAACCCCCAUCCACAUCUAUGCAACCUUCCACCGAGACCCCGACGACAUCCAUAUCGGACCAGACUCAGUCUCCAAAAGGAACCGUCCGCAAACGCACCGAACGCCCCGAUCCGCCUCCGCCCGUCAAACGCACCAAGUCCAUCCCCACGCCCGCGUCCGCACCAUCAGCAGGCCAAAAGACCCUACAAGGCUUCUUCAAACCAAAGCCCACUCCUCCCUCCGACUGCCCUCCCAACAACCCAUCCCUCCCAUCCUCCCCUUCCAAACCCAAAACCCCCCAAAAGCCGACUCCAAACCCACCCAACGACUCCAUCCCUCCCUCACCACCCCACCCCCCAGACUCAGACACCGUGAUCGACCCGAUCGCCAGCAAAGAGGACUGGACGAAGCUGUUCACCAAGAAGCGGCCACCCGCAUGCGAAGGCCACCAGGAGGAGUGCGUUCGCAUGACCACCAAGAAACCGGGGAUCAACUGCGGACGGGCGUUCUGGAUCUGUCCGCGGCCGCUAGGGCCGAGCGGGAAUAAAGAGAAGGGCACGCAGUGGCGGUGUCCGACGUUUAUGUGGGCGAGCGAUUGGAAUCCGUAGGAUGGUUGUCUCUGGAUUGGCUUUUUGGUAGAGGAGGAAGUCCUUGGAUGGGUGGAUGGUAGAUUACAGUGGAAUCAUCGCAUCAGGAUUAAGACACUGGCAUUGAUAAGACCAGGUUGUCGAGCAGCAAACAAAUAUCCCCAAGCCUCUACAGCGGCACAUGUCAGAUACUGUAUACAUCUACAAAAGCCAUGAUCCAGCAAUCAACCAAAGAACCACCCCAUAGCCACCCCGAACAGCCCCAAACUUCCAAGCAGUAAUGAACCCAACUCCAUCCUGCAAAGUAGCAUCUGCAUUGACAGGCCAAGCUUUUGGAAUUGCGGCUGCAUGCAUCGGGUCUUUGCGCGUUGGUUCCACGUGGGUUGGUUGUUGGGUGGCUGGGAGGGAUCGACUGG